UUCGCAGAUUGGAACCAAGGAAGUUUUAAGAAAAGAUGUGGAGGGGAUUACUUUACAGGUGGAGAGAUGUCUAGGCUCUAGAAGAAGCUAUAUAGCCCAAUAUCCUCCGAUUACACUCUUUUUCAAAUUGCUUUCGGAUCGGAGCUGUUCGACGACCUAACCAGGGAUAUACAGCAGACAUGCGCCUAACCUCUCUCAUCAUCACCGCCCUUCUCGCGCCUCUCGGUGGGCUCGCAGCUCCCCUUGCUGCCGACAGCAUCGUCACGCUCGAGGCACGCCAGGGAAACUGCCCUCCGAAGCCAAAGCCAUGCGUGCGCAUCGUCCCUGAUCCCACACCGCAGGAGUACAAGGCGCGGUUCGAGCAGUUCGCCGAGGCUUUCAUCUACAAGAAGAAUAUCACUCGCGCUUUCGAGUUUAUCACCCAGGACUACAUUAACCACAACCCCAUGGCCCAAAAUGGCUUCGAUUCCGCCUGGGGCAUUCUUUGCGGUAUCUGGAAUAACCAGAACCUGACGCCGCUGCGCACGCUGUACCAGCAUCCGAUGGGUCGGGUCAAUUAUAGGAGUGGGUUUGGAACGAUUAUUGAUCGGUUUAGGUGGGAGGGAGGCUGUAUUGCUGAGCAUUGGGAUUCGGGCGAGAAGUGGCCAACGAACACGACCGCGGAUCCCGCACUAUAG